AUGGAUCCGGUAGUUAUUGUUUCCGGUAACUGGAUUAAGAAAAACAGAUAUGUAUUCAACGUCGACAGAAGAGGGUGUAGAGUUCUUCAUUUAGAUGAGAAGACAAUACAUGAAGAUUUCGCAAAAACUGUUCUCGAAGAUUACAGAUUGAAUGAUUUGAGGGAUCAUAUUCAGCUUAGCUACAUGUUCUCGAAUAAAGCAUUGAAAACAAUGGCGCACGACACUCCACCAGUUUACGUGUCCAAUACUCGACAAUUGCAAGGUUUUCUAAGCCUAAAGAAAAUCGAACAACUACGUUUCUGUGUGGAGAUUACGGAGAACAGAGCAAGAGAGAAGAGUAAAACAUUUUUCAGCUUUAGCUCAGAAGUAGAAGCUUCAGUAGUUGAGUCCAGAGACAAAAAUUACAGUGGGAGUUACGAUGGUUGCAGUUUGGAGAAGGAACAAGAGGACAAUGAGAAUGACUGCUCUAGUAAUGUCGAAGGAGGAAAACACGACGUAGUCGGAGAAGAUGAAAUAGAUGAUAACUUCAACUCAUACGGCGAGUCUCCUACAGAAGACGAAGAUUCACUAACGCUACCUCCCAAGAAGAGAUAUCAGAACUUCUCGAUGAGCGGAUCUAAAGGGAAUCUGGAGGUUCUAAGGUUGGAGAUGUCGUCGAUAGACAUUGCGGUAGGUCAACGAUACGAGAUUAAAGACGAUUUGGAGAGACGACUGAAACUUCAUACAGUGAGGCAUCAAUUUGAUUUUGAUGUAGAAACAUCAACCCCGACAUCAUACGUUGUUAAGUGUUGGGUUGAUGGAUGUCUCUGGAGAGUUCGUGCUUCUACCCAAGGAGAAUCCCCGGCGUUUCAUGUUCGUAUUUACGAUUCGAAGCAUACAUGUUCCUGCACAGAGCGUUCUAAUCGAUCUCGACAAGCAACACCAAAUAUUUUAGGAGAGUUGUACAAGAACUUUCUCGGCGACGUUGGUCCGACCGUUCGCCCUACGAGCGUCGGAAUAGCUAUCACUAAGCAGUUUGGUAUAAAGAUGAAUUAUUGGAAAUCACACCGGACGCUGAAAUUUGCAUGGGAAAUCGAUGAGGGAACACCUGAGUGUGGGUUUGAAAUCUUGCCUUCUUACUUAUACAUGAUAAGAAGGGAAAAUCCGAGUACAGUUACGCGUCUUCAAAUCGAUGAGCUUGGAAGAUUCAUGUAUGUGUUUCUUGCCUUUGGUGCGAGCGUAAAUGGGUUUCCUUUCAUGCGCAAAGUUGUUGUAGUCGACGGUACGUUUCUCAAUGGUAAAUACAAAGGGACGCUACUCAGAGCACUAGCUCAGGACGGUAACUUUCAGAUUUUUCCAAUAGCCUUCGCAGUGGUUGACACAGAAAAUGAUGAUUCGUGGCAUUGGUUUUUUACGCAACUAAAACUUCUGAUUCCUGACGACGAGGGUCUUGCGAUAAUCUCGGAUAUGCAUAACUCGAUAGGGAAAGCAAUUAGAAAUGUGUAUCCGUUAGCUGCUCGGGGAAUAUGCACCUACCAUUUAUAUAAGAACAUAUUGGGACGGUACAAAGGAAAAGAUGCAUUCCGUCUGAUUGAAGCCAUUAAUCCUGCACUUCACGGCUACCUCCAAAGAGCUGAUGUCCGACUGUGGACGCGUGUUCAUUUCCCAGGUGAGAGGUACAAUUUGAUGACUACAAACAUAGCAGAAUCAAUGAACAGAGCAUUGUCGAAUGCUAGAGGUCUAAACAUUGUUCGAAUAUUAGAAUCGAUACGGGCGUUGAUGACCAGAUGGUUUGCUGAACGGAGAGAGGAUGCCAGGUCGCAGCCAACGACGCUUACGCGUGGUGUCGAGAAACUACUACAUGGUCGUGUAACUGCCACCAGAGAGUUGACGGUCCAAAGGAUUGAUGAUCAUCACACUGAAGUUAAAGCGCACAUGUCGUCAUUUCGAAAGUGCACAUGUCGUCGUUUCGAACGCGAUAAAUUACCAUGUGUACACGCAAUCGCAGCUGCGGAGUACAACAAUGUUUGUCGUAUAUCCCUGUGCAGUCCUUACUAUAACAGUGCAUAUUUGGUGAGCGCAUACGCUGAAUCUGUCAUGCCGGCUGACUCAGCAUAA